AUGCGGAUUGGAGGCCAGUAUUAUCACGGAAAGCUGACUCACGUUCUUGGCCGCACACCUAGUUAUACCUCUUUUCAAAACCAUUCAGACGACACGGGUGCAGCCUUUGAUCUGUCUGCUAACGACUCUCAGGUGCCUGGUGGCGGUGACGAGGUGUCAAUUGCGUCGCAUGCGACCUAUCCUCCGAGUUACGCCACUGUUGAAGACGCCUCCGAAAUUGUCGCUGCCGCUGAUGACGGCCUGGUCCUCGGUAGAGAGAGGACGCCGAGAACAACGCCUGCUUCUCUCGAACCUCCUUCAGAACAUCCUGAAACACCGUUUUCCGGAUUUGAUCGUCCUCGGGAUGUGAGCACUGGUCUAGAUCAACGCACCGGGCAUCUUCCCCCUCCCUCAGAAGUAGUGCUAUCAUGGGACGGUACUCAAACCCCUGCGCCAUCGCAAGAACCUCAAUCCCACACUAUUGGACCAACCACGUAUACGUUUUCCACACUUUCCUUCAACUCCAUGCUUCUGUUACCGCCAUCGGAUGCGACAGACACUCGACCGCUGUACCAUGUUUCUGUGGCCCACAAUUGUUUCAUGCCUUUGUCUUACAUCACAACCGUUAGGAAAGGGGGGACCGAAAACGGAGAGUUUGUGGGUGAUUUCGAAAUGGGGUUGUCGCAAGCUAAAUCUCGAAUCUGCAUUGGCGACCAUCAGACAUUUUUGAACGUUUUCGUUAGUGGGACACCGCAGUCAUCCACUUGGGUAUGCAACUUCCCCGACUCCCGCUUCCGUUGGGUAAGAUCAACCAGGGCUCCAAAUGCUCAAAUUAUGAGCUGUUACAAGAUCAGACUCACAGACUCAGGCUCACCGCUUAAAUGGCAGCUCCUUGCGACUUUCACUCCAUCCGAUCUGUUACCUUCUUCAUUCAAACGUAGUGCGAGUGGAGCAAGCGGGGCGCAAGAGCUGGUCGUUUUCCCAGAAGCCAGAGAGAAGGUUGGAGAACGGUCAGACAGGGAUCUGUUAGAUCUGAUCGUGUUCAGCUUGUUGGUCGUAGAAAGGAUGAGGUUAUCCGUCACUCUAGAAAACUGA